AGAGAAGCUGGCCGAGGGGGCCGGAGCCUGUACUACACUUCCCAGGAGGCUGUGCGCCGCGGCAGGUCACGUGACGGGAGCGCGGGCUUUGGAAGGCGGCGGAGUGUGAGUGUAUCAGCGGCUAGUGCCGAGGGGGCUGCGCGGCUGAGGAGGGAGUUGGGCUGAGAUCUGUCCUGGGCCACGCCGGAGCGCCCCAGAGGCCAGCUGUCCCUCUGUAUUGCUAUGGGAAUUCAAGGACUGGCCAAACUGAUUGCCGACGUGGCCCCCAGUGCCAUCCGGGAGAAUGACAUCAAGAGCUACUUUGGCCGCAAGGUGGCUAUCGAUGCCUCCAUGAGCAUUUAUCAGUUCCUAAUAGCUGUUCGCCAAGGGGGGGAUGUGCUGCAGAAUGAGGAGGGUGAGACCACCAGCCACCUGAUGGGCAUGUUCUAUCGCACAAUCCGAAUGAUCGAGAACGGCAUCAAGCCCGUGUACGUCUUUGACGGCAAGCCGCCACAGCUCAAGUCAGGGGAGCUGGCCAAACGCAGCGAGCGGCGGGCUGAGGCGGAGAAGCAGCUGCAGCAGGCCCAGGCUGCUGGGGCCGAAGGGGAGGUGGAGAAGUUUACGAAGCGGCUGGUGAAGGUCACCAAGCAACACAAUGACGAGUGCAAGCAUCUCCUGAGCCUCAUGGGCGUCCCAUACCUCGAUGCGCCCAGCGAGGCUGAGGCCAGCUGUGCCGCCCUGGUGAAGGCCGGCAGAGUCUAUGCCGCGGCCACCGAGGACAUGGAUUGCCUGACCUUUGGCAGCCCCGUGCUCAUGCGGCACCUGACUGCUAGCGAGGCCAAGAAGCUGCCCAUCCAGGAGUUCCACCUGAGCCGGGUUCUGCAGGAGCUGGGCCUGAACCAGGAGCAGUUUGUGGAUCUGUGCAUCCUGCUGGGCAGUGACUACUGUGAGACCAUUCGGGGCAUUGGGCCCAAGCGGGCCGUGGACCUCAUCCAGAAGCACAAGAGCAUCGAGGAGAUCUUGCGUCGGCUCGACCCCAACAAGUACCCUGUGCCGGAAAAUUGGCUCCACAAGGAGGCCCAGCAGCUCUUCCUGGAGCCCGAGGUGCUGGACCCAGAAUCUGUGGAGCUGAAGUGGAGCGAGCCAAAUGAAGAAGAGCUCGUCAAGUUCAUGUGUGGUGAAAAGCAGUUCUCCGAGGAGCGAAUCCGCAGUGGGGUCAGGAGGCUGAGCAAGAGCCGCCAGGGCAGCACCCAGGGCCGCCUGGAUGAUUUCUUCAAGGUGACCGGCUCCCUCUCUUCAGCUAAGCGCAAGGAGCCAGAACCCAAGGGGUCCGCUAAGAAGAAGGCCAAGACUGGGGCAGCAGGGAAGUUCAAAAGGGGAAAAUAGACGGCUUUCCCUUCAUUAUACCUCCCUGACCCCAGAAUGUCUGCCGUGUUGUACCCGCAAGAGCUGGCGCUGGAGAAACCUCCGUGGGGGUGGGGAGGGGCUUGCAUUGCUUCCCUAGCACCAUCCUGCUCAGUAGUGCUUUUCCCUUUGUUACUUGAUCUCAUGGCAGGAAAGCCACAGAGGUUUGUUAUUUUCUUUUUUAGCUCAGGAAAGUAUGUCAGGCUGAAGCCGCCUCUCAGGCAAUUUAACGGACACUGAAUCCAUUGUUACAUGAAAGUGAGAGCAACAAGUUUUGAAGAAGAAAGAGGGAGAUAAAUGGUGGAGACAAAAGACUGGAAAUGAUUUCCUGCCUGGCCAGCUGGUGGCUGGUGGGAGGUGACCGGGGGACUAGACUGUGCUUCUCUUUGGCUCAGCCUUGACCCACCCUGAAGGGUAGCCAUCAGGUAGAUGCAGUCUUAAACAGAUGGGAAGAGCUGCCGAGAAAUAAGAUAGGCAGAGUCCCUGGAGUUGGCCACAAGGGUUUGGUUACCAGCUGUGUGUCCUGAGGUGGGCAGAAACUUGAACUUGCUAUGUACAUAACUCUAGUCUUUACAGUGGUUAUUCAGAGGCAUCAAGUGGUGGUGCUUCACGUGGCCUCUCUGAGGCAGUUAAUUGAGUCGAAACUUUGGGAUAAGAUGCUGGGUUUUUUGUUUUGAAAGAUAUGAGGAGAAAAGAGUCAAUAAAAUUAUAAAAGUAACCAGAAUGUCCUUUUCUUUGAGAACGUUUGAAGACAUCUCAAGUGCCCCAGGUUUCAGGCAGUAUAAAAUGUUCUUUUCACUCCAAGUUAACAUGUUGGCAUUGCACUGUAGUAAUGGGUGGUUUGGCCACAAGAUGGCACCGUGCUCCAUAGAAUGGCCAAAGCAGCUUUGGCAGUACUUCAGCCAUUUAGAGGAUGAUGCCUAGUUGAUCUUGCUGGGAAAGAAGUUUUAAUAAAUUGAACGAAUUUCUAGUUUUCCACCUACUGUGUGAGAUAAAGGAGCUCCUUUGAGAAAUCCUCACAAUUUAGAUCAACUACUUCAUAGCAUCCAAGCAUUUACUUUACCAGUUUGUAAAUCGUGAAAGCUGCCAUUCAAAAAUCACUUUCUUGUUCGCUUUGUGACGUCAACUUCAGGUUACUGUUUUUCAUAGAGGUGGAAUGUUUUUGUACUCUGAAAUUUUUAUAAUCCUAAUAAAACUUGAUAGGGGGC